AUGUCUCAAUCCUCCGGUUCCGCUCAGAUCAAAAACAAACUUGUUGAUGCUGUGAAAACAAGAUCAAAAGCUAAGAAGGAAGGAACAACUGUUGUGGUCGAUGCGAUGCCUAUAUCAAGUAUUCCUGCAACUACUUCUAAGAAGAAGAAAUCUGCAAAAUCGUCUAAGAAAGUAAGUGAAUCGUCUCCCUCAAUCUCUAUUAAGUCUGAUUCUAUUAAGCCUAAGAAGAAGAAACCCCAAUCUCCUGUAAAAAGGGGUUUAAGCAUGUCUGAUCUGUACUUAAAUAAGGAUCUUUCUGAAACUGCGAAUGUGGAAUCACAUGAUGUUGCCUCCGGCAAAAAUGCGAAUGUUGAAUCGUCUGUUAAGUCUGUGUCUGAAAAGGUGAAUCAAGAAAACCCUUCUGUAGAGGAAAACCCUAGUUCUGUUGAAACCCUAGGAAAAACCCAAAAUAUUGCUGAGAAUGUUGGUGUGAGCAAUAAUCCGAGUGUUCCUGAGAAUGUGACAGUUCCCCUGAAUGUCAUAACUGAUGCUUCUGAAAAAUCUCAAGAAAAGGCUGUUGUAACCAAUGCUCCAACCGGUGUUGAACCACCCUCUAUACCAACUGAUGCUGAGCAGGAUGUUGAAGCAUCCAAAGGAGGAUCUAGCCCACAUGCUAACACUGCCACUGGAUCGUUGGGCAGUGGAUCUAAUACUGAAGCUUCCACUGAAGAGGAAGUAAACAAAGAAAGUACCCCUGAAGAUGUGGCUGAUUCUGAGCCAGAAAAUGAAGCUGGUGAAGAUUCUGAGAAAACCACCAAUGAAGAGCAGGACAUAGUAGAUGUUGAUGAAGUCUCCUCUGAAGAAGAUCUGCAACCUCCACCUACUCAGAAAGGAAUUGGGAGAAGACUGAGAAGCAGGACCACUACACCUGCACCUGCUGUUACUACUACCCCUGUUGUCACCAAGAAAGCAAAGGACACCACUCUGAAGCCUGUCAAGUAUGGUCCUAAGAAAGGAUGGAGCAAGCCUAUACCUCCUCCUGAAAAGAAUAAGGGUGUGCUGAAAAGGAAGAGUGCACCAUCAAGUGACUCUGAACUUGAAGCUGAAAAGGAUGACUCAAGCAUCAAGCCUCCUGCUAAGAAGGCUAUGUCUGCUAAGAAGGCCAUGCCUCAAUUUGUUGCUCCUGACAUUGAAGACUUCCCUUGCAAAGAUAUUCUGGAAUGUGAAGAGAUUGUAAGUUUGAUCAAUGAUGCUGGAUUGAUCAAAACUGUGUGGGGCUUAGGCUCCUGCUAUGAAAAGCUGGUUAGGGAGUUUGUUGUCAACAUUCCUAUAGGUUGUGACAAUCCCUUGGAUAAGGAGUUUCAGAAAGUCUUUGUUCGAGGAAAAUGUGUUACUUUCUCCCCAAGUGUGAUAAACAGGUUCCUGGGUAACUCUGAUGAGCCACACCCUGAUAUAGAUGUGUCUGACAAUGUGGUCUGCAGAACCAUCACAGCUGAUAAAGUGAAAACCUGGCCCAGGAAGAAGAAGGUACCUGCUGUCAAGCUAACUCAAAAGUAUGCCAUCUUGAAUCGCAUUGCUUCUGUCAACUGGGUCCCUACUACACAUGCAUCCGACAUUGCAACAAAUCUGGGUUGCUGA